AUGUUGAUAACUUUGGCUUUAACCGGGAAUGACAUUGGUGAAAUCAAUUCCAUCAAGCAAGAUUUGGAUGACAAAUUCAAAAUAAAGGAUCUUGGUGAUCUCAAAUACUUCUUGGGAAUGGAAGUAGCACGCUCUAACUCUGGAAUUCACAUUUAUCAGCGGAAGUACACCAUGGACCUUCUCAGAGAUUUUAGUUAUCUAGAUUGCAAGCCUCUCUCUACUCCAUUUGAUUAUAGUCAGAAACUCUCAAAGGAAUCAGGUACCAUUUUAACAGACAACACUGUUUACAGACAACUCAUCGGCCGACUCCUUUACCUCACAAACACUAGACCCGAUAUCUCUUAUGCUGUGGGACGUUUGAGCCAAUUUUUGGACUGUGCAACCACUUCUCACCUACAGGCUGCUUUUCGUGUACUCCGAUAUUUAAAAGGCCGGCCUGCAACUGGUCUCUUCUUCUCCUCUACUUCUAAUCUGCAUCUCACUGGAUUUGCCGAUGCUGACUGGGCUACCUGUGCCGAUACUCGUCGCUCCGUUUCCGGUUAUUGCUUCAUGAUUGGGAACUCGCUCAUUAGCUGGAAGAGUAAAAAGCAAACCACAGUUGUCAAGUCCUAUGCAGAAGCUGAAUAUAGGUCUCUUGCUGUUGCCACUUGUGAAGCUAGUUGGUUAUCUUUCUUAAUGGAUUUCAUUGGCUUGCCGCUUCAAAAGUCUAUCACUCUAUUCUGUGACAACCAGUCAGCCAUUCACAUUGCCAAUAAUCCCAUCUUUCAUGAAAGAACUAAACACAUUGAAGUGGAUUGCCACAUUGUUCGUGAAAAGCAUUUGUCUGGUCUCAUUCAUCUUAUGCCAGUUCGUUCCAAGGAUCAACUUGUUGAUUUUUUUACCAAAGCUCUGCCACCGGGUCCUUUUCUUGCUAAUUUUCGAUCCCAGGACCUUGUGAUUAAGAGCAAUGCUAAUAACCCUCAAGUUACUUGGAAAACUAGCUCUCUCACGUAA